CGCCGUCUUCCUUCCCCCUGCUUCCCGGAGACUCCCGAUGGGCCUCGAAGCGGCUGGGCAGCCCUCAAGAACCGAGCCGCCGGCUGCGCGGGCGGCAUGGAGCGGAGAAGCCGGGGGCUCCUGCUGGCUUUCCUGCUACUGGCUGCGUCGGCGCCUGAAGCCGACGCGCAAUAUGAAAAGUACAGCUUCCGCGGGUUCCCUGAAGCCGAGCUGAUGCCUCUGCAGAGCGCCUACGCGUACGCGCUGGAGCUGUACGAGGGCGAGAGCUGGAGGGAGAGCGUCCGCUACCUGGAGGCGAGUCUGCGCCUCCAUCGCCUACUCCGAGACAGCGAGGCUCAUUGCCACAAGGAGUGCGCGGGGAGCGAGAAGUUUGGAGAGGGCGCCGCGCUGGGAGAGCCUGCAGGGGGCGCCCAGCGCAGUUCGGCUCGUGGAGAACGCGAGGAAGGCGCUACGCUUGGAGUGGCGGCCGAGAGUGCGCGGUCGGGCGCGGAGCUUGGAGAGCCUGCAGGGGGCGCGCCAGACGAGUGGCGCCGGGAGAUGGAACUUUUCGGGCUCGUCCUCCAGCGCGCCUCCUGUCUGCGGAGGUGCAAGCGCAGCCUGCCGGUAUUCCAACUCAGGUACCCGCCGGCCGAGACCCUGCGGGACUUCCAGCGCCGCACCCCUUACCAAUACCUGCACUACGCGCUCUUCAAGGCAAAUAAGAUUGAAAAAGCUGUGUCGGCCGCACAUACGUUCCUGCAGAAGAACCCCAAGCAUGAGAUGACCCAGAAGUACCUGAAUUAUUACAAAACUAUGGUGGAUGUGGACGAAUACCUCAUAGACUUGGAAGCACAGCCAUAUGAGACUGUUUUUGUACGAGCGGUGAAACUGUAUAACAGUGGAGAUUUCCGGAGCAGCAUUGCAGACAUGGAGCAUGCACUGUCUGAUUACUACAAGGCCUACGAGAACUGCCUGGCUGGCUGUGAAGGCAGCUACGAGCUCCGUGAAUUUAAGGACUUCUACCCCGCCAUUGCAGAUCACUUUGUCGAGGUCCUGCAGUGCAAAGUGGAUUGUGAGACUGACCUGAUUCCAAAUGUAGGCGGCUAUUUUGUGGAGAAGUUUGUGGCUACAAUGUAUCACUACCUUCAGUUUGCAUACUACAAGCUGAAUGAUAUCAAGAAUGCAGUACAGAGUGUGGCCAGCUACAUGCUCUUUGACCCUGGGGACGAGGUCAUGCAGCAGAACCUGGUCUAUUAUCGCUUCUAUCGUGAGCGUUGGCACCUGGAAGAGGAUGACUUCAACCCACGGCCGGAGGCCUUGCGCUAUCACAACCAGACAUCUGCGCAGAAGAAACUCUUGGAGUUUGCCAGGCAGUAUCUCCAAGCAGACGAUGAGGCAGAGGUGGAUGAUGGUGGGGAGACGAAGGAACCAGCCUUGCCAUCGGAUGCCGAGUUUGAAGGGAUGGGUGACUAUGAAGAAGGAUUUUUGUCCCAGUGGUGGCAGGAGCCAAAAUCAAAAGGCGACAGAGCCGACCAAGAAAGGCUCGAAUGAGUGGUGUGAUCCCUACAUCAUCUGCAGGUGAGGGGGCAUUCUAAUUCCUUGCACCCACCAGGGUUGAAGUAGGCUGUCUGGAACUGGCAGAUGCACCCCUGAUGGUGUUCCAACAAGAUUCCUGGCUUAGGAACCUCACCCUCCAGGUCCUUGUUUAAAAUUCCAGCAAGACUGGGGAAGUUCCACCUUCAGUACCUCCUGUGUAGGACUUUUAAUACCACCCCAAAGUUCAUUGGCUGAGCAUGACUGCCUCUGAACUAAUCCAAGCCGCUGUGUUUUGUCCCAUGGUACUUCACUUCUAGAAAAGCCCUGCGAGCAGUCUUUGAAAUAAAUCUCCCUUGAAAGUUAUGGGAGAAGACUAGCACAGAGUCCACUUCUGAUUUCACCCUGAGCUGUGCCAGUGUGACUUCAAAUAUAUUGGGAACGAGUGAUCUUGGCUAUUCAGACUAGCACAAACACACACAGUAGCAAUCUAUAUAACUGCCACUGAUUUUCCUGUGGGGCCAAAUGUAAGCCAUUGACCUUUUUCCCAUAGACCCUUGCCUCUUUAAGAACCAGGCUGCUAGCAUGCCUUGCUCUGGUUCUGACUGGUACUGAUCAUUCACAUUGUGUGCUAGACCUCAGCAAGCACAGGCUCCUUUCUGACAUGGUUCUUGAAUAGAACAAUAGGUACGUUCAAAUUGGCUUGUCAAGUGCCUUCUUAAACCUCACAGAGUUGCCUUUGUAAUAUUGUUUUCAUUAAUUUAAUUCAUGGGUUGUUCUUUUUGCUUUGUACAUAUUUUUAAUUAUAAUUUUUAAUAAAAUACCUCCCAGU